UCUUGUCUUUCUCACCAUGCUUAGUCUUGCCUCUUAACCGGAAACCAAAAACAAACAAUUGAUCCGAGUUCAGUUUCGUAUCAAAGAUUAACUAACCAUGUCAUUCAUCAAAUCAAGGCUACACUUCCACUUGCAACACUCUCUUUCCCCACUAUUACUAUCAACAUCUUCAUCUCUCCUUUCAGAACCUAAUGCUACAAACGACACUCCUCAAAACACCACCAACAUAUCUCCCGAAGACUCUCAAAUAGUCGACAAGUUUCACACCGCAAUUAAAGACCAUUACUGCAAAAACCCUAACCCUAACCCUAACCCUAACCCCCUUCCACCUUCACUCAAUCUCUCCAUACCCGAUCUUUCAAUUCAUUUUACUCAAAUCUCCACCGUUCAUUCAAUUUCUCCCUCCAUUGCCCGCCGCGUCAUCGAGAAAUGCGGCGGUGUCCGCCACGGUAACCCGUUCCUCCAAACCCUAGCCUUCUUCAACUAUGCCACCACGCUCGAAGGCUUCCCUUCUUCCCCUGAGCCUUAUAAUGAGAUGAUUGACCUGGCCGGAAAACUGAGACACUUCGAAUUAGCAUGGAACUUAAUCGAUUUGAUGAAAUCACGCGGCGUUGAAAUUACAGUCGGCACGUUCGCUGUUCUCGUCCGGCGUUACGUGAGGGCUGGAUUGGCUGCGGAGGCGGUGCACGCUUUUAAUCGUAUGGAAGAGUAUGGUUGCACGCCUGAUAAGGUUGCAUUCUCAAUUGUGAUUAGUAGUUUAUGUAAGAAGAGAAGAGCGAGUGAAGCUCAAUUAUUUUUUGAUAGUCUUAAGCAUAGGUUUGAACCUGAUGUUAUAGUUUACACUAGCUUAGUUCACGGUUGGUGUCGUGCUGGUAAUAUAUCGAAGGCUGAGGAGGUUUUUAGUGAUAUGAAAGUGGCGGGAAUUAAGCCUAAUGUUUAUACUUAUAGCAUUGUGAUUGAUUCGCUUUGUAGGUGUGGACAGAUCACUCGUGCUCAUGAUGUUUUCGCUGAGAUGAUUGAUGCUGGUUGUGAUCCUAAUGCUGUUACUUUUAAUAGUCUUAUGAGGGUUCAUGUGAAAGCUGGAAGGACUGAAAAGGUUUUGCAGGUUUACAAUCAAAUGAAGAGACUCGGUUGUGCUGCUGAUACAAUUAGUUAUAAUUUUAUCAUUGAGAGUCAUUGUAAAGAUGAGAAUCUUGAUGAAGCUGUGAAGGUUUUAGAUACAAUGGUUAAGAAAGGGGUCGAUCCUAAUGCAAGCACUUUCAAUUCAAUUUUUGGAUGCAUAGCUGAGUUGCAUGAUGUGAAUGGUGCACAUCGGAUGUAUGCUAAAAUGAAGGAACUUAAGUGCAGGCCUAAUACGUUGACGUAUAAUAUACUGAUGAGAAUGUUUGUUGACUCAAAAUCUACUGAUAUGGUUCUGAAGUUGAAAAAGGAAAUGGAUGAGAGUCAAGUUGAACCAAAUGUGAAUACUUACCGGAUUUUGAUUUUGAUGUUUUGUGAAAAGGGGCACUGGAAUAAUGCAUACAAGUUAAUGAAGGAGAUGGUUGAAGAAAAAAGUCUAAAACCAAAUCUUUCGAUUUAUGAAAUGGUUUUGGAGCAGCUGAGGAAGGCUGGACAGCUAAAAAAGCAUGAAGAGUUGGUCGAGAAGAUGGUUGCUAGGGGAUUUGUCUCUCGACCUUUGUAGAAGUUGCUUCGUCCUUGACAUCAUUGAGUUGAAUCAAAGAACUUCCGAGUAUGACUAUAGAAUGGCCGUGUUGCUAAUUACUAUAAGUGAGACAGAAUGUUGGUUUAACUGGUUGUAUUGUUUUUAUUAUUGAAAGACAAAGGUUUUUAUACGAAGAAGAAAAAAAGCUGGCCCAGAUGAAGGCGCAAACAAAAUCCCAGAUGGAUAAAUAUGAGGAUGAGUUGGCAAGGAAGAGGAUGCAGUCUGAACAUGAGUACCAUAGAGUAAGGAACCAAGAGCUAGCAAAAUUGCAAGAAGAAUCAUCAAUCAGACAGGAGCAAGCUCGACGUGCAACAGAAGAACAAAUUCAAGAACAACGAAGGCAAACUGAGAGGGAAAAGACUGAGAUCGAACGUGAAACAAUCAGAAUAAGGACUAUGGCAGAAGCAGAAGGGAGAGCGCACGAAGCAAAGCUAUCUGAAGAGAUGAACAGGCGAAUACUAAUUGAACGUGCUAAUGGAGAGCAAGAAAAAUGGAUUUCUAUCAUAAAUACUACCUUUGACCAUAUUGGAGUUCAGGGAUUGGAUUAUGCAUUGAUGACUGGAGGGGAUGUUGCUCCACUGGGAUCGCAGGCUGUAACAAAGAUAUACCAAUUGUUUGAUUGGGCCAAAAAGUCAAAUAGGGGUUUACUGCUUUUCAUUGAUGAAGCUGAUGCAUUUCUGUGCGAGCGGAACAAGACAUAUAUGAGUGAAGCACAAAGAAGUGCACUAAAUGCCCUUCUCUUCCGCACUGGUGACCAGUCUGAAGACAUAGUCCUUGCCCUUGCGACAAAUCGUCCCGGCGACCUAGAUUCAGCUGUUGCAGACCGUAUUGAUGAGGUCCUAGAAUUUCCCUUACCCGGAGAAGAGGAACGUUUUAAACUUCUUAAGCUCUACCUGGAUAAAUACAUAGCUCAAGCUGGAUCACAAAAAUCCGGUUGAUUUUUCAAAGCAAACCCACAAAAGAUAGAGAUUAAGGGAUUGACCGAUGAUAUCUUAAAGGAAGCGGCAGCUAAAACUGAUGGAUUUUCCGGAAGGGAAAUAGCAAAACUGAUGGCUAGUGUCCAAGCUGCUGUGUACGGAAGCGAUGACUGUGUGCUUGACCCAAGCUUGUUCUGUGAAGUGGUAGAUUAUAAAGUUGCUGAACAUCAACAGAGAAUAAAAUUGGCAGCUGGUGAUAAAGCUAGUUAGUGCAUGAUGAGGAUAUAUAUUCAUAGAGAAAGAUUCUGUUAUUAAUCUUUUAAUGUAGGGCUGUUCUGUUCUUAGCAUGCUGUCAUUCAUUGUUUAUCCCUAAUUGAUGGGAAGAUUUUGAAAUUUAAAUAUAGGCUGAUAAUCACUGUUGAAUAUUUGAUUCACCACUGGUUGUAACGCCUGAUUCAGGUUUUGCUAACUAUCAAGUUGAGAAUUAUUUUUCUCACUUUAUGACUGAUCAUAAACUAGGGUGAUCGAGGAGAGGUUUUAUAUUUGGUGUAAGUUUUUAUUUCAUAGUCACAAUAAUAUUAUAUGAUUUUAUGAGUUUCAUUAA